AUGAUAAAGAGCUUUCAGGAGCAACCGGAGACUGGCAUUGGGGUGUUUCAGAAGAAGGGAGGCCAGCGUGACUGCAGUAAGAAGGUGGAUGAAGCUGUGAAAAUGGCCAAGAAGGCACAGAAACUGAGCCUCAAGAAGCGCUUAUCGCAGUUUGGGUUCAGAAGUCGCUACGAUGAAGAGGAGAGGCUUUCAUCCGAGGACAGCGACACUGCAGAAGUCCUGGGGAUUUUCCUGACAGACAGCAGCAGGAGAGGAGAGCGGUGUUCUCCCAGUGACGAGGAGCAUCGACCGAAGCCAUCUAAAAAGCGCAAGAAGACACUAAGCAAAGGGAAAAGUUUGAGCCUCGGAAAAGCCCAGCGGGAGAAAAAGGAGAAGAAAGAAGGGAAGGUGUCAGAGGAGGAGGUGAAGAACAAGAGCAAGCCACGAUUCAGCACAAAAAACAAGCCUUUGGAAAUCUCCACUCACAAAGCUCCAGUGAGAAAGUUUGCUUUGCCGAAAACCAGAGACCAGAGGGUGCCGGGGGGAGAGACGAGUCCAGAGAACAGGACAGGAGAGGAAACAGGCGCCCCCACUGAUCCAGAGCAGGAGACCCUGUACAGCUUCACCUGGAGCAAAACCAACAACCAGGCAGCAGAGCUACACAAGAGGGCAGGGGAGGAGGGAGAGGGAGAGGCAGGGGAAAGCCCAAAGAUGAGGCAGGGAGAGGGGGUACAGGAGGGGGAGGAGGAGGAGGAGGAGAGCAUUACCCUGGUGCUGAGGGGGGAAGAAGGGAGCGAGGGAGAGGAGGGGAGCAAGAGAGAGGAGGGCUCCCUAAACAAGGCUGUCCUGGGAUACCCGCUUCAGGACAAGGGGUUCGAUAAGGGAGGGGGAGGAGGAGGAGGCAAGGAUCUGCCCAUGUUUUCGGAAGAUGACGAGGAUGAAGAUAUGGAAAUCCUAACGUGCCGACAGGCCGUGGAAACAGCGUUGGAAGAAGACUUCUCGCUCUUUCUGUUUGAGGAAGAGUAG